CCACACCCCCCUGUUUAUGUCGGCCCACAGGGAGUUGCCUGUCCCUUUAAUUGGCACGUACCAAGUCCGUCCAGGAUCCAUUUCCUCCCUGAGUCCCGGCCGUUAGGAGUCAUUGGUCAGAGAUCCAGAAGGAGGGAGUGUGGAGACUGCGUUGCAUUCUUUUGGGAGUUCUGGGCGGACAGGGUGUGAGGGAGGGCACGGGGGAGAAGCGCGCCCCUGCGGCCCUCCCCGCCGCGCGCCGUAGUCCAGUCCCAAGAUGGCGGCCACCAUGAAGAAGGCGAUGGAGAAACGUGGAUACAGAGCGGUUAGUGGCCCCAAAGUGACUCAGUUAGAAGCAAAGCUGGAGUUCAAAUCAGUAAAUUUUUUUUGACCAUGUGAUGUGGCACAGUCUCAGUUUUAAGUGAUGGAAAUAACAUUGGCUGCAGAAGAUGUCAACGUUACUUUUGAAGAUCAACAAAAGAUAAACAAAUUUGCACGGAAUACAAGUAGAAUCACAGAGCUAAAGGAAGAAAUAGAAGUAAAAAAGAAACAACUCCAAAAUUUAGAAGAUGCUUGUGAUGACAUCAUGCUUGCAGAUGACGAUUGCCUAAUGAUACCUUAUCAAAUUGGGGAUGUUUUCAUUAGCCAUUCUCAAGAAGAAACACAAGAAAUGUUAGAAGAAGCAAAGAAAAAUUUGCAAGAAGAAAUUGAUGCCUUAGAAUCCAGAGUGGAAUCCAUUCAGCGGGUGUUAGCAGAUUUGAAAGUUCAGUUAUAUGCAAAAUUUGGGAGCAACAUAAACCUUGAAGCUGAUGAAAGUUAAACAUUUUAUAAUACUUUUUUAAUUUGUUUAAUAAACUUUUGAAUAUUGUUUAAAAUGAUAAUUUCCCUCCUUCAAAUGACAUGGAAAGAAAAACUUUCUUUUUUUAAAAAUUUUCAUUUAUUUAAUGGAAACUUGCCUAUUUUCACAUGUCUUGCUUAUUUAUUUUAUAUUUUUAAAAAAAGACAGUAUUCAUCUAUGUAUUUUGCAUAAUGAUUAUAUCAAGUCUAGGGGCUUUACAUCAUGUUAUUAAAAUCAGUUAAGCAAUCUUUUAUGUUUCUAUAUUAUCAUUUAGAAUAUUUGUUGUAAGUUUCAUUUAUAAGAAAAUUUAACAAUUGUAUCAUGUUGUUUAUGUGUCUGAUUUUAGUUGCUAUCUAAUGAUGGUGAAAACACUACAAAAAGGUAAACAGUCUUGCAUCUGUCUGCUUUACUUAUUUCCCAACUAAAACUUUGUCGUAUACAAAAAAAUAUACCUGUAUAUAUUUUAUUUAAA